GCGCAGUAGAAAUUUUAUUUUCUAAGAUAAUAUCCAUUGAUAUUUAGAUUUUUUAAAUAAAAUUUUACUAAGCUAUGGAUUGACAAAAUUAUUCUAUUUCUAAUCAAAUGAGUUGCAUUUUUCAUAGGUAUUUAAUUAGUUUUAAUAGCAAUCGUAUAUUUUGUAAGUUAAUGUGUUUUUAGCUGUUAAACUGAACUGUUAUCUUAUCUGAUCAAGUUCUGGAUAAAAAAACAGUUGGGCUUCCUACGAAUUAAUGAAGUAUAACGGUGAUAUUAGUAAAAUGAAUAUCCAUUUUUGUGUAGAAAAAAACAAUACUGAUUAUCUUAUCUUUCCUACAAACUAACUCACAAUAAACAUAAAGUUUAAGAAAAUUAAUUUAUGACUGAUUCUAACCUCAUUAGAAAUUGGCAAACAUAUUUUUUUGAAGAUAAAUUGGUCAGUAACGUUCGAAGGAUCGAAAUUUUCUUGUAGCAUAAACAAUCAAUCCCAAAUAAUCGGUCACAUACAUUAACUAUAGCUGUCUCAUACCAGAACGCAAUUAAUAAAGUUAUAUAUCUUUCUUGAAUCUACUGACCCAGUAAAUUAAUGUACUGUUGUUUGUAAUAAUAACUGAAAAUGAAACCACUAUCAAACGGUAGGUAAAUUUUUUUUCCUGAAUGAAUGAUGGGUAAAUGAUAACAAUUUAGUAUUGUAAUCUGAAUAAAUUGUUUUUUGAAUCUUUAUAUGACUGGAGGAAUGGGUACAGAUAAAGCGGUGAUUAAUACAUAAUGACACUUAAACUGUCGACAAACUACACGUGAGUAAUGUUAAAGUCCUUACAGUUCAAGAGAACUUUUAUGUCAACAGGAACAUCAGAGCAUUUAGAGCAUUCUAGAAGCAAGAAAUAUUAUAGUUACAUGUCAUUCAUAUGGCAUUACUACAUAAUAACAAUAUUGAUUUGAGUCAACCUUAACAUUUUAACAUCAAACAGAUCUGUGUUUUCCAAAUUUAAUUAUACAUUUAUCGAAGAAUAAACACAUCGUGAGUUUUAUUAAUAUUUAUUAACUGAAAGAAAAUAAAAUGAAGUUAAUUACUGUGGACAUUGUUUUGAGCAGAAUCUGUAAGAGCCAUGAUGAAAGAAGUGAAUAAUCUUCGGAAAUCUUUACUUGAUUACAUCACAGAAACUUCAAAUAAAUGUUUAUUUAUUACAGUUUAAGUACACAAUGCUUAAAAUUGUGGAGCAAAACACCCAGUUUACUUUUUUUACACUAGCAAUCAUGUAAAUAAGUAGAAGAAAAUGAACAGUAUAUUUCUGUUUGAGGGUAAUUAAAUUAGUAAAUAUGUUAAAUUUUUAGAUGAAAACGGCGGUUCGGACUUUAAAAAUAGACAUCAAACAAUAUUCACUAAGUUUAUUCUUUACUGAAUAAAAGUAGUACCCUAAAACGUGACAUUUAACUGUUAUAUAAAUACUGAAGAUAAAUAUUUCUCCAACUACCUAGAAUAAUCAGAAGCUAAUUAGGUCAAUCCAUUAGUGUAUGGAUGACAAUUAACUGUUUUACACCAUUGUUUAUCAUAACAAAUCAUAGUAAGUUUUAAACAUGGACACAUAAAUUAUAACAAAUUGUCAGUAAUCAAUAUUAAUACCAAUUACAUCGUUUACCAAGAUUUUUCACCUCCAGUUGUCUGCUCAUUGAAUGUGUGUCCUGUGAGUCGAACAAUUUGAUUAUGAAACUUUUAUUGUUUCUCUAGAUAUGAUAAUGUCAAUGAAAACUUUAGAUCAACAAAACAAUGAAAGUAGAAUACUACUUUGUUUUAACCAACUUACUAAUAGUUCAUUUUAUUUACUCCUUAUUUAUUUACAGAAUGUCUUCAGUCGAUCAAAGCGGAUAUUGUUUUUCUUUUGGAUGGAACUAAAGUAAUUGACGAAUUUUCAUUUGAAUUCUAUGUGAAAGAUUAUUUGAGUGAUUUUGCUAAAAAGUUAUCUAUCAAAAGUGACGGUGUACUAAUUUCUGUCAUCUUAUUUACGGAUCAAAUACAUUUUGCAGUUAAACCAGAACAUUCUGUGAAUUUGCCUAGUUUAUUAAUGGCAAUACAUAAUAUGAAACAGCCUGAUAAAAAUUUAAUGAAAGCAGAUAUAACCCAUGCAAUUUUAAACAUUUUAAAUUUUGGAUUUAUUUCAACAAAUAAUGCUGAUGCACAAAAUAUUACACGAAUGCUUAUUCUACUUACAAAUGGAAAUAUUCCAGAGCAAAUACAACAUAAAGACAAACAGAUUAUCACUAAAUCGGACGAAAUUAUACAAGAAUUACAUAGUCGUGUAAAUUAUGCGUUCAGCAUAGGAAUUCCAGGUGCUAAUCAACCAGGAGUACGUAGAUUAGCUAAACCUUCACAAUACGCUUUUAUACUAAAUGAAUUUAAUGGUUAUAAAGAAUUAGAUUUAAAAUUUUUCGAUCCUACUGAGGUAAUGUGCCCCAUGAAAAUUCCAAAAUAUUGUAGUGAAAUUAGAAGAUCACUAUCUUUGAGAAAGCCCAUUGAAAAAGUGAAUGGACAAACAGUCGCUGUAAAUCCCUGGUAUCAAUAUGCAUAUCAACAGAGACGUUCUGGUAUGACACAACCAAGAAAUCGAUAUUCCUACAAUGAUUACGAAUAUUAUUACGAUUAUGGUGAUUAUAAUGAAGGAGAACGACCUCCGGUACGUCCAGUUAGUGUACCAAACUACAAAAGCAGAACAAAUGAUCAGGCAUUAAACGUAAAGCUUACAGAAUUACUGUAUUUACUAAGAUAUAAUGAAAGUAGGAAGAAAAUUGGUUUAACAAAGAUGAACCGUAUCAAUACAGUUACUACCCCAGCUCCAACAAUCCCUUCUACGCUUCCAUCAAAUUACUAUAGAUCCCUUCAAUAUAAAUCACAGGACCAAGAAUUUAACAGAAAAGGAUAUCACUCAUCUCCUAUUUCACCUUCAUAUUUAAAAUCUGAUGAUAUUCAUCAAAUGCUACAAAAAAACCUAAGUACAAACUACUCAAUAAUGAUGAAUCAAUCUAAUUUAAACAAUAGAACUGAAAAUAAUUGUGAAAUGAAAUUAAAUAAAAUGGCAAAUAUAUUAUUAAAAUUAAUCGAACAAACUCUUCAAAGAAAUUAUUCAAGUUCAGGAGUCCAUGAAAGUUCUAGUAAUAAUAAUAAUUCCAUUGAAUUAUUGAAACCAGCCAGUAUAAGUUAUUCAUUAAAUAGUUCACAAUAUGCUUACCCAGAAAUAACUACAUCCAGAAAAAGAGAAAAUUUAACAUCAAUAAACGAAAGGCACGGGGAAAAUAAACCAUCUCUAAUUAAUGAUAACAAUAAUUCACAAACUAUUAAACAGUCUAAAGAUGGAAUUUACUAUUCUACUUAUAAAGCACCUUUUCAAGCUACAGAUUGGGAAGAUUCUGCUAUGCACAAUGGAGCAAUUCUAAUGUUUGCAAUGAAAUCUCAUUCUGGGUUAUCAAUAAAUAACAUGUACUUUUCUAGGAGAAAUAUUACAAGCAUAUCAAAUAAAAAUACAGCUUCUAAUGUAAUGACAACUGAUCAUACCACUGGCGACACGGAUAUAAGUAGUAAGAUAUCAAAUGGCUGGUAUAAACAUGAUUUAUUUGACCAGUGGUAUAGUGGAUCAUAUAAAUACGUACUAUAUGAAUUAUGGUCUAAUAAUAAUCCAGUUGUUCAACUAAAAUUCAAUGCACAAUACUCAGAUAAGUAUACAUGGUUCAAUAAAUUGUUUUUAAAAACUUCAUAUCCUUGGAAUGAAUAUGAACUUUUGGAAAAGGCUAAAUUCAUCCUCACAAGCAAUGAAGCAUUCUCCGUAGUUUUUGAUCCAAAUUAUAUUGUCCUCUUAUCAUCCGUUGAUUAUAAUGCAGUUGAAAAGUUGAAGAGUGAACGAAUAGAUUGUGAAUUCCUACGAGGUUAUAUAUUAAUUGUUGACAGUUCUAAUUCAGCGAUUUCCCGAUGUAAAUGGAAUAAUGCAACCAAUGCGAAAUAUAAUAAUUUCCCAAACAUCAGUAAUUAUCAUGAUUAUCCAAAAUUUUUCUACACAUUGCCGAUAAAUUCACGUAAAGAAGAUAGUUUAAAUUAUCACUUACCACCAAAAUUCUCAAAUUACUUAUUUACACUAUAUGAAGCUGAUGAACUACGUAUUUAUGUCAUACCAUAUAGCUUAAUGCCUAGUAAAAUUGAUGGCAUUUUAUUACCACAGACUAACAAAUUAUUAUUCAUUCUUGAUACAGGCAUCAAUAUAUCUUUUAACAAAUUAUGGUAUCAAGAAAUAGCCAGUCCACCUAGUGCAUUUCCAUUAAAAUAUAACAUCCUAUGCCAUUGUUGGUAUCGUAAUCAGUUAUUAAACAAUUGGUAUAAACCCAAAACACAUUAUCAUACACAAAAUACCAAUCAUUUUUUAACAUCAAAUUUAUUUUUCGGUUUCCAAAAUAUUAAGAUUGAAUUAUUUGAUCAAAUUGGUCAUUUGAAAUGUUGUUUAAUAUUUGAUACAUAUGGUGCACAAGUAAAUUCAUGGUUUUCACUAAAACGCUUAAAAUAUUCAUGGCCAUGGUCAAUGAAAACAUUAACUAAAUAUAAUUUUGUACAAUUUGGUGAUCAAAUAUUAACUAGUGGUAAGAAACAUUAUUUAUCAUUGAGAAAUUGGUCAAAUUUCAACUUUUGGAUUGGUAAACAAACAUUGUUAAUUGAACCAUCAUCCAAUAUGAAACGAACUACUUAUACAAUAAAAUGUUUAAGUAUAUUUCUAGUUUAUAGUAGAAAUAAUGAAUCUGACCAUAUUAAAUUACCAGAAUGUAUGAAAGGUCAAACUAAUUUAUUUAAGGAUAUAACCAAAUUAACAAUAUUAGCUUUUAAUGAAGAUUUAACAGAAUUGAAUAAUAUGAAAAAAGCGCAACAAAUUACAAUCUGGUCAAACUAAAUAACAAAACCAAAAUACUUUAUGUGUUAAACAAUGGUAUAGAUAAAUUAUUUUUCCUAAACGAUAAUCUUUACUGCUUAAAGGCUAUACUUUACUAUUUGUGAUAAUACAUGAGAAGUUGGUAUCUAUCUAUUAUUUGAAGAGAGAUUGAACCAAAGCUCACAUAGCUGUGACGUGUAAUAUCAACUGUUGCGUUGCUUUUAACUUGUUUGACAUCGACAAUAUAGUAUCCAAAAUCGCAGUAAUAAAAAGAUUUUAACUUGAGAUAAGAAUAAGAACCGUCAUAUGAAAAUUUUCUCGACUACACAACUUGAUCAGCACUUGCUUCAUAAGAGUAAUUUUAUCACAAAUAAAUACAAAUAGGUAGAGCCAAACUAAGACAACUCUCAGACAAAAGUAUAUAUCUACAGAUAUUUAAACGGUUAAAAAAAGUUCAUGUGAAUUGCCAGAGUGCUCUAUAACUGUUCCCGAAACUGUGACGAUUCCGAGCUGAACUUCGCAGAGGUCAUCAAAACUAACAAACAUGAUUAAAUUCGAUGACUAAAAUACCUUGAGCUAAUUGCAUUCAAACAAAUCUACGUUGUCGUUCGCUUAGUUUGCUGUAGUAUUAUGUAUCUUUUACAAGUUUUACAUUGGUUAUUAGCUAAUUUCGUAACAAAAAUUUUGUCAUAUAGUGAUCAAUGGAUUCCAUUCACAUCUGUAAGAGCUUAAGGUUAUUUUCUCGAUUACAGUUGUUGUUCAAAAGUUUUGUACUUUAUGUAUAAAUUACCGAUUCCUUCGGUUGAUUGAAAGCCCAAAAUCUCUUCGCCGUAUGGUAGAGAAAUACACUCUUUUUAGGAAAAAAAUUAACUACAUUAAUUAACGAUAUACCUAAAAUAACCCCGAAAGUUAGAUAGUUUAACUUGAGCGAACCCACUGUUACUACUUAUGAAACGCCUAAACCGACAAUAUAUAAUUAUGAUAACUUCUUAUCCAAAAAUAAAAAGUUAUCUGCAGUCAACAGAAAAUGUUGCCGAAAGUGAACAAGAUAAGCCAAUCGGAUUGAUUUUGACGCUGACGGAAUCGAACACCUUUUGAGAUCUAUAUACUUUUUUAAUUUUAAAAGGCUUUGUAAACGUAUUCUUACACAAAGAAUUUUGGUGAACUAUUCACAACAUUUUUGUGUAUUCUUGCCUGGAAUUUUCAGAAGAAAUCGACUAGUUUAGUUCUCCAUACUACGUUUAGCUCACAGACAAAUUUCCGAAAAGUAAAGGUAAGAACUUUUGCGACCUCAACUUGAAUAUUCGUUAUCUUCUCACAGUUAUUCGGAGAAAAAAGCGACCUCCACAAGUUAACUGUUUUGAAAAAUUGAUUAAGAUAACAGCGCAGUUAACAACUGAGAAAAAAACUUUGAAGCUUAUCCUCUGAAUAGCCUACAUCAACACGCCAUGAAAGACACGAUGACUACCCUCUGUAUUACUGAAAUUUAAAAAUGAGAAGUGCAUUUAUUAUCACUAAAAACGAAACUAAUGAUAUCAGUCAGUCAUCUGCAACAUAGGAUCAUGCACAUAUAUCCAUCGGUCCAAGU